CCAACACAACAUCCUCAUUAUUCAAUUCAACCUCUUUCUUAUCCUAAAGAUUCCUUCAUUUCUUUUCUCUCCAAAAUCCCACAUUCACGAAGCAUACAUAGUUUUUCUCACACUGGUCAACUCUGUUCAUCAUAUAAUACACAUAUUCUCUUCUCCAACCCCUCCUUCCAUGGCUUCAGAUUCCAAUCCUAACCUUAGAAUCACCAUUGAAAACAACCCCCCCGAGUCACGCCUAGCCGAAUUGAACAUCAAGGGUUGGCCCAAAUGGGGUUGUUCUCCAGGGAAGUACCAAUUGAAAUUUGAUGCUGAAGAAACAUGCUACUUGUUGAAAGGGAAGGUGAAGGCAUAUGCAAAAGGGUCAUCAGAGUUUGUAGAGUUUGGUGCUGGAGACCUUGUGACCAUCCCAAAGGGACUCAAUUGCACUUGGGAUGUGUCAAUUGCUGUGGAUAAGUACUACAAAUUUGAGUCACCUUCUUCUUCUUCUUCUUCUUCUUAGUGUUUUGGAUCACUCAUCAUUAUUGUAUAUUGUGAUUCAAUUAGUUUUGGCACUUUCAUUCAUCAAAAUUAUUGUAUUCCUUCUAAUUCUUUCACAGUGUCUAUUUUGUGCUGCAAGUGGUGGGGGUUGGUUUUUCUCUUGCUGGGAAUUGGUAGUUUUAGUCAAAGGUGGAACCAAUCAGUCAAAGGAUGUCCCGUUCAAACCAAUCAUCUUUAAAGAGUUAGAUAUUAGAUACAAUUUUUAAUGUUUCUUUGACUCAUCAAUCAAUCAAUCCAUCAGAUUUGUUUUUUUAA